ACAAAUCGCACCCUGCUUACAGGCAUGAAACAACAGUGUGUAGAACCACACUUUAGAAGGAGGUGAAUUAUGUGUAUUACAGUCACUACAACAUAUUAAUAUCUGGGUUUUUUUCAUUAUAUAAUUUAACAUAUGUGUUGUGUUUUUAUUAUCUUAAUUUCUAAUGGACCAAUGAUAAUUCGUGAAUACACUAUGCCCGCGAAAUCGCGGAGCGAGCUGUCAGUUGAAGUCUAUCAAAAAUGGAUGGUGAACGUACUUGUCCUCCGCUGAAAAAGCGGCGAAUUUCUGAACAGCGCUUCAAGCUAGAAUAUAACGCAGAAUGGCCGACCAUCACCCGGUCGAAGCUGGACGACUUCCACGCUUACUGUAUGUUGUGUAAGACAGAUUUUAGCGUGAGGCAUGGGGGCCGACACGACGUUGAAAAGCACAUCAGGACUGCUAAACACACGUCAUACAAGGCGGCAGUGGAAGCUACAAGGCCCAUCGCGGGCUUCUUUACGGUUGACAGUGACACCAGUGUCAUAAAUGCCGAAGUGCUCGCUGUGGACUUUCUGGUGGAACACAACAUCCCGAUCGCGGUGGCCGACCACAUCGGGCCACUGGUGAAAAAGAUGUUUCCGGACUCGAAAAUCGCUGGAAAGUAUGGGUCUGGUCGCACAAAGAGCAGCGCCAUUGUUGGAGCUCUUGCCAAGGAGGAUGCGUCUGUGAUCACGGAGGCAAUGAGGACAGCUCCAUACUCCCUAGCCACGGAUGGGAGCACUGACUAUGGAGACUGUAAGCUGUAUCCUCUUGUUGUGAAGUACUUUGAUCGAGGACUUGGGCGUGUUCUGACAGUACUCCUAUCUUUGCCAGAGUGUCAUGAGGCAUCUACUGGGCAGAACAUAUUCAAACUCAUUGACAAUGAACUUGAGAAACGUAGCAUAUCCUGGGACAACUGCAUGAGUUUUGGGGCAGAUAAUGCCAUGGUGAUGCAGGGACUCAAAGCUGGCACGGCAGGCUACAUCAACAAAAAAAACAGUGCAGUAUAUGUGCUGGGAUGCCCGUGCCAUCUAAUUCAUCUAGCUGCAGAAAAAGCUGCUGCUCAGCUUCCAGUGUCCAUUGAAGAGCUGCUGGUGGACAUAUACUUCUACCUAGACAAAUCCAGCAAGAGGAAACAGGGACUGAAGAAAUUUCAGGAUCUGUGUGGAGUGGAAAUGAGAAAGAUUGUUAAACAUGUAAGUACGAGGUGGCUCUCUUUAGAUAAAUGCAUCGCCAGGUUGUUGCAGCAGUGGCCUGCAUUGCUGCAAUACUUUGAGUCAGAACAGUCUGGGCACAGCAGCAAGGACAAGACCACGCAGAGCAGCAGCAAGGACAAGACCACGCAGAGCAGCAGCAAGGACAAGACCACGCAGAGCAGCAGCAAGGACAAGUCCACCCACAGUGUUAGCAAGGACACAUCAACCCACAGUAGCGGCAGCAAGGACAAUUCUCAGUUUGAUUUGGCAGGCUAUCUCUUUCGCCAACAAAACCUAGCCAAAUUCUGUCAGGGAAAGAAAACACCAGCAGCUGCAACCACACAGCCCAAGACUGCAACGGCAAAGCCCAACACAUCUAGCGCUGCACCCACUCGGCCCAAGACAUCUAGCACUGCACCCACUCAGCCCAAGACAUCUAGCACUGCACACACUCAGCCCAAGACAUCUACCACUACACCCACUCAGCCCAAAACAUCUAGCACUGCACCCACUCAGCCCAAGACAUCUAGCACUGCACCCACUCAGCCCAAUACAUCUAGCACUGGAACCACUCAGCCCAAGACAGGGGCACAACAGAGAGUGCAGAGGGCAUGUCAACAUCUGCAGGACCCAACAUUCCAUCUUUACUGCUACUUUCUAAGUGCGGUCCUGCCGAUAUUUGAUGAGGCCAACACUCUGCUGCAGCUAGACAAACCCUGCAUACAAAUACUACACAGGACUUUGACCACACAGCUGAAGAAUCUCUUGAACCGAUUUGUGAAGCCUCAGGUGAUCAAUGCAGCUGCUAAGGUUCACCAGGUACCAUUCAGGGAACCAAGCAACCAGAAGAGCAAUGAGACCUUGUUCAUUGGGCAAAACACCAGAGACUUCAUAAGAGAUCACCCUGAGCUUGAGGAGCUGCAGCUUGCCCAGGUCUUCAGCGCUGUGCGGGCAUUCUACAUGAAGGCUGUUGAGUACAUGGUGAAGAAGUUUCCCUAUGAUGACCCAGUGAUAAGGAAUGCUUCUGUGGCUGACAUGUCUGCACGGGACAGCGCAGACUUCAAUUCUGUGAGGUACUUCACAGGCAGAUUCCCCUGCUUGAAGAUGAGUGCUGAGGAGAUGGACAAGCUUGAGGGUCAAUUCAUGACCUACCAAACCGAUGCUCUGCCAGAAAGCAUCACCAGCUGUGACAGACCAGACACACAGUGGCACCUGAUGAGUCAGCUGAAGGAUGGAAAUGGCCAUCUCAAGUACCCUUUACUCUGCAAGGUAAUGCUGGCUAUCCUCUGCAUCUUCCAUUCCAAUGCAGACUGCGAACGCAUCUUCAGUCUUGUCACAAAAAACAGAACGGAGUUCAGACCUAGUAUGGGAAUGGAGACCCUGAGUAACCUCAUUACCCACAAACAAUUCAUGGUGGCAAAGGGGUCUGUCUGCUACAAGCAGGCGUACUCCAAGACAACUCUUGCCAAGGCCAAGUCAGCAACCUAUGACCAUCUAAAGUGAGAGGUUGAUGAGAUGGUCAUGUCACAGCCAAAGGUUCCCUUGAGUUGAACUCUGUUCUAAAAAAAGGCUGUGUAAAGGUUUUUCAUGUGUUAUUGUUCAGUAUUGUUUCAUGAUGAAUUCUGUUCGGUUAAUAAAAAUAUUUUUUUGUGUA